CUUUUCUUUCCCUAGCAGGUGUAUCGAAGCUGAUUAAUAUGCGCACUUCGCUACGGUACUUUUUUGUCAUGAGAAGCUCAGGCUAUGAACCAUAAUUUCUGAACUGGCCGGUUACCGCUAGUGACGAACGUUUCGAACGAGGGGGAGGAAGAGGAGUUGACCUCGACUUCAUUGGCUCGGUGUUGAUGAGCUUCUUUGGAAUCGAAUCACUAGAAAUAACGCGCACUUAGUCAUUUUUGUUCGAUCAGUUAUCUUGUGGCUUCCACAAUGUGGGAUGGUUGGUGAAAAAAUGCCGAGGCCUUAUUACUGAUGUCGUAUGUUAACAUCGAUAGUUACUGAGACCGGUCGUGCGUAUAUCGCAGAUUCUAUCGCCCGCUCGAAGCUCCUCGCCAGUGACCAUAUUGAAAUGCCGGUAGACGAACUUUAUGCGCUUUUUGGUGCUUUUUUCAGGGAUGGAUAAAAGCAGAUAUGCAGCUACACCAGCAAAGAAGACAGGCGACUUGCCACAAUCCUUGGAAAUGCCAAACUCCGCAGCGGAUAAUAAUGAACGCAUGUCUUACAUGUCCCAAAAAGCACGCUCCAUGUCGCUGUACGGAAGUCAGCUAUUUCAACAGGCUCGGAGCCCUACAUAUGCCUUGUUUUGCUUAUCAGAGACCAACCCGAUCCGUCGACUAUCAAAACUUAUCGUGGAAUGGAAAUAUCCUUUUUGUGCUUUUAAUGCUCUUUAUAGCUGCUCGGGUUAAGUAUUUAUGAGUUGUAUUAUUUUCUGUGAUCGCAAUAAACCAACCUUAGUCGCAAUGAUCGGGGUAACUUGCCUAAGUUAAAUAAUUCGGAUUACUUUAUAACCUAUAUAUAUUUAGAUAUAGAUGGUAUUUAGGGCCGUAGGCUUAGUGUUUAAAGCACAUGUGCUGUGGUUGACUCUUAACCUAUCUCACAGUAUUUGAAUAUUUUAUUUUGCUUGCUAUCGCAGCCAACUGCAUUGUGUUGGCUCUAAAUACUCCUCUACCAGAGGAAGACAGAACAGAGUUGUCUAUGAAACUGGUAAGUACCUCUUAAAAAUAGCCAAAUCUCCUUGUUCUUUUCUUUUCUUUUUUUUGUUCGGGUGGCAAGCGUUAAACCCAAACAUUUGGAUUCUUUUUACUGUUACCCAACAGGAGAAGGCAGAACUAUAUUUCGUCCUUAUAUUUUGUAUCGAAGCGCUUCUAAAGAUUAUGGCCUACGGAUUUUUGUUACACCCUGGAUCUUAUCUGAGAAAUGUGUGGAAUAUUCUUGAUUUUGUCGUGGUUGUUAUUGGGUAAGUGCCUGUAAAUGCUUUGUGUUGUUACUUGCUUUGUGCACUCGCAGUUCUUGCUUGUUCGUGGCGUUAAACCGAAAUGUAAAAGUUAUUUGUUUUUACUGAUUAUUUAUUUAGCCAUAAUUUUUAAACCAGGCACCUUUUUGCAUAAAGUUGUGUGAGAUUAAGAAUAUAUGGAUAACAAGUUCAGCAUUGAAUUUGUUAUCCGAGCCCAAUAUUAUUGUCGUUUUGAUCUAAAAUAUUAAUUUCCACGUUGCUAGUUUUGAAAACCGUAAAGUAUCAUGAAGCUCAUGAAAAUAAUUGAAAGUUCGUCUCACCGUGCGCUUGCGGGCUUGCGCGCUGCUUGAAGUACAAAUGUGAAUAUCAUGGCUCAGAUCUUGCCUUGUUUUCAAAGCAAUUUGCUCGGAAGCCUUCCGAAUAACUUUUUUGAGUAAUUAAAAGUUUCGAAAGAGAGGUUUGAAGAUGGUGAUAACAGUAUCUUUCUAAGGUAGCCAAGAGAGUGUUCAGUUAGCUCCGCUGAUCACCAUUAAUUAUUUUGAGUAUUUUUCAGACAAACACACUUUCUGAAACUGUUAGACUCGCGUAUUUUUAUACGCAUAUCAUCCCAUUUUCUUGCCGCAAUCAUUUCGUGUCAAUCAUUUUCGUUACGGGUUGGAUUCUUACAUGGCGUCGCGUUUAUUACAUGUUUUGUUCCAUUCCGUUCGGCCUUGACUUCCUCAAUUCUAAAAAACUAUAAUGUUAUUCAAUUUUUUCAGCAUUUUACUAGGCCAAACAGUGCGUGUGAAUUUUGAAGUGCUGUUAAUGUAAUGGAAAUGUUUCGAUGCUCGAUUUGGGGGAAGAAUCCAUAUCUUGUCGAGGCGAAAAUAAUCAUAGUUGCUGUCAGUAUUGGCUAACAAGACGUGGUUUUGUUGUUCUUUUUGUCUGGUCAUUCAUUUUGGAGAUGUCGUGUCGAAUGGCGAUUAAUAUUUAAACACCGACACUUUGUCAAACCCCUCAGCCUUGCGUGGCAGUGUAAGGCGCCGGAACAGCAAGGUGAAGCGUGCAUUCUUCCUCUUGAAAAGUUAUAAGGGAGGAUUUUUCCAGCUGAUAUUCUGGGGCGGCGUAUUCUUCGUGAAGAGGUGAAGAGUGGCAAACAUGAAUGACGAUUGAGCAUAGUCUUCCGUGCCUUGUUUUUCUAUCCCUUGAUUAAGUUUAAAAUGAAUAUUGAUUAUUCAGAUUUGAAGAUAAUGUCACCAUGUUAAAUGUUCUUAGCAAUUCCGUUUGAAGUCAGUGUCCUUUGUAAAACCGCCUUUGUCACGAAAACGGUCUCAGAUUCCGGCCUUGUCCAGCUUCCAGCUUGAGCUCAUUUUCUAAUUUCUCCUUACAGUGUUGAUGCGUGAUCAAACCUAAAAUGUCAUGCGAAUAUAGAAAAUCAUCACAAUAUAUUUUGGUGGACUCAUCAGCACCAUAGAACGUGUUUGGAUCACAGUUGUAUGGAGAAUACACAAUCUGAUAUUAGUAUUAACGCUUUAAACCCUAACAUCGAAAUUCAAAUUCUCAUUUGUUAUCCCUAUACGUUUUCAGUAGAAAUAGUGGGGAGAACUUGUUAAUGUAGCCAUUAGAUUUAUGCUGUGUGAUCAUGUCCGUAAUUCUCAUGACCACUCUGUUUUACGAAGCAUUGAUCUUACAACGAGAAAUUUGAUGCUGAUCACUCUUAGGGCUUAAAGGGUUCAAGCGUGACGGUUCGUAAUAAUCCCUAGGCCCCAGUUGUUCAAAAGGUGGACAGUGCUAUCCACUGAAUAAAUAGGGAACUUUAGCAACGACGAAGGCGACGGCAACCUGAACGUCAAAAAAGCAAUAGGGUUAUUGAGCAAGACAACAAGUUUUCACCGUGCAUCACUCUUUUUUUUCUUUUACAUUUCUUAGCCGUAAUUUCACGACUACGACGUGAAAAUGCCUUAUUUCAUGUUUUAUGGAGGACGUAAACGAGCGACGAAGAAAUUUUCUUUCUCCUUCUUAACUUGAGUGCGUUCCCCAAGAAAUCAAGUCCAGGGAAAGUUUGAAAAAACGCCAAUUCAUUUUAAAAGUGACAUUUUCGCUGCCGUCGCCGUCGUCGAUGCUAAAAGGGAGCUUUAGCAACGACGACGGGGACGGUAACGAGGACGUCAAAAAAGGCAAUAGGUUUCACGCUUUUUUGUACAUUUCUUUACCGUCCUUGCACGAGUACUACGUGAAAAUGCCUAAUUGCAAGUUUUAUGGAGGACGAAGACAAGCGACGACGAAUUUCUUUUUCCUUCUCUAAAGUUGAGUGCGCUGCUCAAGAAAUAAAUUCCAGGGAAAUUCGCCUAGAUUUGCCAUUUUCAGCAAAUUGGAAUAAACGCGACGGUGUUUGAAAAACGGGAAUUCAUUUUAAAGCGACGUUUUCAUUGCCGUUUCCGUUGGUCGAUGCUAAAGCUCCCGAAAGUCCCUAAUCUCUAUCCAACGGAUAGUGUAAUUGGUUUCCCUUAUACGUAUCCGCUGGAUAGUGAUUUAUUCGAUGGAUAGCGCUAUCCAUUUUUUGACCAGCUGGGGCCAGCUGCGUAACAUUCUUGUAUCACGUCAUGGCGGAAUGUAAACGGUUUCACUGUACGAAGGCUCAAAGAAGACCAUCGACAAACGUCAUGACCUGAUGUGUCUAUAAACUAGCGUUUCCCCAAAAUUAAGCUCUCUGUACGUCACUUCGACACUUUGUCAAAACAAACAGAAGUUAGCAAUUUGAAUAAAUACUGUAUGGUGCCAUGCUGUAUUGUAAGGCUGUGUCAAGUAUAUUUACAAAGGUUAAUACAAAUUUUGGUUGAACCAUUCUUUGUACAUGUUGCUUGACAACUCAACGUUUUUAAAAUCUCAUUGUAAGUCCGUGUAAAUGUUUAUGGUUAAAAAAUCGAUGGGCUGCGUUUAGGAAUAGCGGUCUUUGUGAGCUGCUGAAAAUAAUCAUGUAGCACCUGCAAGAAUAUAUCCCGGCAUUUUCUUGGAAGUAACUGGCUUUUUUUUUUUUAGCUUUUAAUAACUGUUAAAUUAUCUCGGAAAGCCGAGAAAGUUAUGCCCUGAACAAUACAGAUGGCUUUAAUCCGAUGUUGAAUUCAGAGUUGCGACAGAAAAUUGUAACACUCAAUUCUCUCUAUUAAUCACAUUAAUUUUCCAGAAGUUUCGUCGUUUGGUUUCCACGUUAAUAAGCUAUUGUUAUUCCUCAAGCUUUUCCCUAUUAAUGUUUACAGUAUAGAAUGAAGGUUUAGCACACAAGCCUAUGUAGUUGAGAUUAAAGCCUGUCUUGCCAUAGUUACAAUUACUGUCGUGAUAAAUGCCUUUGUCCAUGGCAAACGUGAUGGAUUGGUCUGACUCAGAUAAAAACACGUGAAAAUGUCCUCUUAAAGGAAAAAGGCAAUUCUGGUUAAAUCACUUUGUGAACUGUUAUGAAGGUUUUUCGUCAGCUUGUAUCAUGACAGUCAGAUUUGCCUUCUAAAAUGCAAUCCAAUAUUCAUUAAUUAACAAUUAUUGAAUGACGCUUCGUAUGAUGUGAAGAAUUAUGCAGAUAGAGAAGAAUGUUGUGGUAACAGCCUCCGAGAUCAGCCGAUAAUUGUUCACAUCAUACGAAAGCCGAAUUCAAUAGUUGUUUUAUUGUUCAUUCAAAACAUUACUAAGUUCUCAACAAGCUUACCUUCUCGUAGACUUUGACCUAUUUCUCAGCAGGGUUUCAGGAUACAAACAGGUGUUUUUUUCUUGCAGAUAUUUCUAAAAAAAGUAGAUAAAAUCCAUCGAGCAAUAUGUUUUGUUUAUUCUUUCAUUUCUUCCCUUCAGUUUUAGUAACAAAUUCAGCUAUUUCGUCUUCGGAAAGCCGUGAACGGCUCAACGGCCCAAACAUCCUCGUUUCGAGGCAAAUAUGCCAUCGAUCAACCUCGUUUUCAAUCAAAUAUACCAUCGAAUCUAUGGUAUAUUGCUCGCAUAUUCCAAGUAUGGUAGGCGCUAGUUGGAUGUUAAGAAUUAGCUGGGGCAUUAGAGCCAGUCAGAAACGGCGAAACAUUUUGAACGAAUAACAAUUUACAAUAUAUAACUGUGAACGGCGCUCUACGAAAACAUUGACGUCAUAAUUAGGGCAUAUACAAGUGCACAACGAGUGCAAGCUUAAAAUGGCGGAAAUCGACAAGAGCGAACCGCAAAGACUUCCGACAAUAGCCACUUAGUGUGGACGUGCGCAAACGAUGCGAAAACGUCAGUAUAGACGCGUAUUUUUCGCUAAGGUUUUGUUAAUACGAAAAAAACUUUUUUGGAAGACAUAAAAUGUGCACCAAGGCACCUGCUUCAAGCUUCUCUGUUAAUUUCUUUCCCGUCCCUGAACAAAUACGUCGCAAAAUGUCCAAAUUUUAAGUUCUCUUGAGAACGUGAACGGCAAAGCAGUAAAUUUCACUUUUCUCUCAUCUCCCUACCCAGCCCCACCCCACUGUAGGAGAUGACAAACCCAGGCAAAGACGCUUCCACCGAACUAGCCACAAUUAUUGCGUAAUUGAACAUUUCUGAGCGGAAUAAAACAGUCAUACUUUUUCUUAUUUUGCGCAGGAUUAUUAGUCUUCCUGAAGUCAGAGACCUGUACCCCGGUACAUCUCUGGAUGUGAAAGCUCUAAGAGCAGUUAGAGUGUUACGACCUCUUAAACUCAUAUCUGGUGUACCUAGUAAGUAAUUUAAUGUUUAUCUGUUUUGUUUUUGCUUACUAUACGUAAGUCAUUUAUUGAGAAUUUUGAUUUGUUUUUACGGAACAGAAAGUAAAGUAGGUGAUCAAAACUGUAUUUAGUCUUAUAGAUAUAUUGCUUGUUAAAUAAAUGAAUGUCUGGUAAAGGUAACUUAUUUUGAUUGUAAAUAUGUAAAAAAAAUAAAAACAAAAGUUACUGGUAUAAAUAAAUAAAUAAAAUAGGUGAGAGGGAGAGAGAGAGAGAGAGAGAGAGAGAGAGAGAGAGAGAGAGAGAGAGAUUUAGGAUAGUCCAACUGAUUUUAGUGUUUUUGAUAAGUGUCACCAAAAAGGGGUUAAUAACAUGAUCGAGGUUGAUCCGGCUUGCCGGGCUGGUGAAAUUGUGCUGAGACCUCAGCGUAAAAGACCUAACAAAUUUAAUUUGUAAUUACAUGAUAACCGAGCCAGCUUGGUUAGCUGGGCUCGCAAUGUUUCUAAUCUCUCUGUAAACAUGGUGGCUCCGUGCUGGCCCUCAGAAGAGGCUCUUCAUGUAAUACCGGGAUGAAAGUCACCACGGCAAGGCGGGCUAGCCUGGCAAACCGGGCCGGCCGGACUCGUGUAAUCAGCUCCUACGAGGCUGACGAGGUAGUCGAUUACGAGCGGUUUAACUACGGUGGCUGGAAUGGCAAACCGAUUUUAGUCCUUUUCAUAUAGGUGGUCGCAGGUGCGAGGUUCGACUGUAACGAAGUUCCAUGGUCUUGCGCACAAAUCUAGCUUUACUUUGGCUGGCCGGCCACUGCGUUUGUGAACAUAACAGUACAGACUAAAUGCGGGUUACUGAGGGAUAGUAUAAUUAAGGACGAGCAAAAACCCAACGCAACCAUCUUUUGUGCAGUACUGUUCGCAAAUCAGUGACCCACUUUAUACGUAGUAGCGUAAAGUGGCGCAAAGAAAAGAAUAUCGACAACUUUGAUAGUAGUUACAUGGUCUUGAAUCUGGCCCUUUUAAAGCUCGGGUCAAAGAUCUUUUGGCAGUACAAAGGCCAUUGCGGCCGGCGAGCACAUUACUAAGACAAAUAAUUCGAACGAAACACAACAAGUUUAAAAAUCCCAAAUGGCAGGGUAUGGGCUAUUUUCAAGCCAACGAGUUAAACCUCACGACCACAACAACCGAAAAACAAAUUCGGCUGACGGUAGCGGUUAGAGUGGAUCUUGAACAUGGAAUUUCCGGAUUUCAAGUCUGGUGCUCCGUCGAUUAAAAUUAAUGAAGAUAAGAACCUAAAAUUUUGCCACUUUCGACUUGCCAUACUCGUCCCGACCACUGCUCCUUUAAACACAUUUCAGUCAAGAGGCUAUCUUACCUAAGUAUUGUUUCAUGGAUUUGAUGAAUAUGUGACUUGCUUUCUUUUUUUUUUCCCCAGGUCUUCAAGUUGUUAUGAAGUCAAUAGUCCGCGCCAUGGUUCCUCUCCUUCAAAUAGCUCUUCUUGUCUUGUUUUGUAUUCUUAUAUAUGCAAUUAUAGGUUUAGAAUUUCUCAAAAAUCAAUUUCAUUCGACAUGCUACAGCAAUGAAACAGGUGAGUUAACUGUUAACAGAUUUCUAUUUUCGUUUUAUGCGCUGAAAAUCGAUAGAGUCGUCAUUUUACCGCAGCAGCAUGAGCUCAGUCGAUAGAGCGCUUGACUGCAGAGCGGGAGGUCGCGGGUUCGAUUCCCAGAGACAGACCAAUAGUCAGGGUCUUAAAAUAACUGAGAUGUGAAGGUACUUCCUUUGCACUGCAAGCGGCUAGACCUUCACGUGGCUCGGAUGACUACGUAAGUUAGCUCCCGUCUCCAGAAAAGACGUAAAAUAGUGUCCUCAAUUAGUAUUUUCGGGCUAAAUAAACUGACACUCAAAAAAAGUACAGUUGUUUUGGAUCAUUCGGCCAGCGAAUUCUGGGAAGAGGGACAUUUUUACUCAGAGCGUGGGAAGUGGGUCACCGCGGAAAUGCUUUGUGGAGGAGAGCAGUAACUGGUGUUUUCCUGUGCUUAGUGCCAGCCACAUUUGUUUACUUGAUCCCGAUUGGCUCAUUGAAUUGUUUGCGUUAGUUGCCAUUGGUCAAAGCCGGAUUCCUUUCUUUAGUUCAACAAUUGUCAGUUAAAAACAACUCUGAUGCCUUUUUUUUACAGACCUUUUGCAACUCAUACUCAGUAUUUCAAGCCUUGUCCAUCUGUCCUUGCAGGUUUAAUAGAAGAGAAUCCCAGACCAUGCGAUAAAGGACCAUUUAAGGGAGUUAGACAAAUAUUUCGCGGGAGAAAAUGUGAUGAUGGCUUCAUCUGCAAUGAAGGCUGGGUCGGUCCGAACGACGGCAUCACGACUUUUGAUAACAUUGCAGUAGCUAUGAUAACCGUCUUUCAGUGCAUAACAAUGGAAGGAUGGACUUCAAUUAUGUAUUGGGUAUGAGAUACGACAUUUAUCUCGUGUAUCUGUACACAUCCUUUUUCAAUUACUCAUGCCAAAAAAUUUGGACACGGUGCCGGUGCCGGUGCCGGAAUACAAAAAAGAUCGAGACCUUGUACUCUUGCGCUGCUGUUUAUUCCGAGGCAAUUCAGUAACGUUCAUACCUCCCUGCGACGCUCACGUUUCAAAAUGGCGUCUGCCAGGGCGAAUGGAGCAAAUACAGUGAAACCUGUAUUAAGCGGACACCCUCGGGGAAUGCUGUAGUGUCCGCCUAAUACAGGUUUCGAUAGAUAACGUCAUAUGAGAUGUCAAAUGCGAUUCAAAUGAACAGUGGAAACGUUUAGAAUAUUCCCUAUGACGAUAUACAUUUACAUUAAUUUCUUUUUUGAAGUGGACCAAUGGAUCAUAGUACCAUAAAACAUAGAUUGCAACUCAAAUUUGAAGAAAUCAGAUAAGUGAAACAAGCUCUUUACAGACAAAACGAAAUAGAAAACAAUAAUGUACUGUGAAACUAAUCAAAUAAAUUCGUCAAGUCACGUUUUUUAAUGUAAAAAUCGAACAAUUUGUGGGUGGCAAUUCGAGGCAAUCUUUCGCAUUUCCGGUUUCUGGCAUGGUGGGUGGUGGAAUUUAAUUACAAGUGUCCGUUUAAUAGAUCCGUUAACAACAAUAGAAAUGACCAUUUCAGGUACUUUUUGGGUGUCCGCGUCCGCUUAAUAGAUGUGUCCGCUUAAUAAAGGUUUCAUUUGAAGUAAAUAGGGGAAAUAAAUUUGGGGACUUUGCCCACUGUCCGCUUAAUACAGGUUUUCACUGUAUGCAUGUACACAGUUACAUCUCAGGUACCCACGGUGUGAACACAAUACCCAGGCACAAAGGCUCGGGCAUCAAGUGUGAACAUAGCCUUGGGCUGUGUUGACAAAACAGAGUGGUCAUGAGAAUUACGGACAUGAUCACACAAGAUAAAUUUGCUUGAUUUUGUAUCAACCUCUCCCCACUACUUCUGUAGCAAAUGAAUAGGGGCAACAAAUAAGAAUUCAAACUUUGAUCAUAGGGUUUAAAGGGUUAACGGAUUCAUCUUGACAUUAAAACUUGAAAAAGUGUGGUUUAUAGGUUAAAUCCGUAAGUUAGAUCGUGAAAAUCGAAGACCUUUUAAAAGGUGCUUUUCUGGAGUUCUGUUUAGUUUUGUGUACCUGUGUGUUACUGUUUCAAAUUUUACUUUGUUCCACAGACAUUUGAUGCCAUGGAUAGCGACGGAUAUCUCUACGCGUGCUACUAUGUAUCUCUCAUUGUAAUAGGUUCCUUUUUUGUACUCAACCUAGUUCUUGGAGUUUUAAGUGGGUGAGUACUUUUCUGUAUGCAGUUCAACCUUUCCUGACGGCCAACUCUGCAGUAAUUUGACCCAGCAGAUACAUUCACCCUUAUUUUAACCUCAAAACAACGGCUACUUCCCAAGGUGGUCCUGGUGGGGAGUUUUGACUGUACUGGAAAUUUGUGCUUUUUAUGUGUCUGUUUUGUACGAGAGGAAUAGGCUGAUUUAGCAACAGAACGGGAAUGUCAGUUGACGGCGGCGCGCGCAAAUCAAACAACUGGCUUGACCAAUGGCACAGCGGCAAAUUGGCACUAGAAGUCGAGUUUAGUCCUUUAGUCCUUACUGCGCGCUUUCCCGUCGUCAAAUGGCGUUCCCGUUCUGUCGCUAAAUCAGCCUAGUACGUGCAUUCUUUCUUGUUUUUUACACGGCCAGAAUUGCCGAAACGUCGGAAAUUAUUCCUAAAGUAACAACGCAAUUUUCCGUUUCCUUAUGGUUGUUGGGAUCUCGAGUCUUGAGCAGGGUAUAGAACGUCAGUGAUAAGCAUAUUGAACAGGGCGUUAUUUUGAACGGAAGCCUUAAAGCGGCUGAACGUUCACGGUGGUCGGUCAAUUUCUUAUGGUAUCAACAAGUUUUUUAAUCUGCAUCUGUGAUUUCACUUUUUAAAAAAAACGUACUUCUGUACGGGAAAUAAAAUGAAUCAGGGCAGCGAGAAAAGGUCUCUUCUCUUAAACAGAAACAGGGUCAGAGUUUGGAAGCCUCGGAAGCACACCCCUCCCUACUCAAACUUCCCUUACUUGCCCCCCCCCCAACGUUACAACUCGCCGUCACCCCUCCCCACAACGACCGAGAUAAAAGAAGCGUCACGAACAGCAGUUUAUUGCUUAUACCUUCAAUAAUUGUUCUGAACCCCAAGAUAUGAAAGCCAAACUCUUUUACUCUUGCCAAAGACUAGUUUCUGAAGAAGUGGUCUGUUUGUGCAGUCACAAAUUUUUAAGGAACAGAUAAGACUGAUAUAUACUUGAUGCAUGCACCUCGCGUCGUUCUUACACACUCAUUUUUUAAUUACCAACCAUUUAAUCCUCAUCAAGUUUACUGAUAAACUGGGUUAUCUGUCCUUGUUUUUAGCGAGUUUGCCAAGGAGCGAGAACGUGUUGACACUCGAAGGAAAUUUUUUAAGGUUAGACGGCAGCAACAGCUAGAAAGACAAGUACAUGCGUACCAAUCCUGGAUCGAUAAAGCCGGUAAGUUUUAGUACUCCCUUAUUUGGCCUAGACGGAUAUGUGCCGCGAAACAGGGUAUGGUUUUGAAAGUUCGGUUUCCCCGCAACCAAACUUCCUUUAAGUAUCCCCCCGGCCCGGGGUUUCGAUCCACCUAUUAACGGCAACAGGUUUAGCUCAAUUGGUUGAGUGAUGGUGGGCAGAGCGAAAGGCCGGAGGUUCCGCGAUUCUCAGGGCUGGAUCAAUUCUCAGGAUCGCAAAAAAAUACUGACGGAGAGUUUAGUUAAAGGGGCUAUGCCACACUAUUUGUUCUCCCUUUCAAAAGCUAAAACUUUUUUGGCAUCAAUUGAAUUCCAAAAAUAACGGUCCAGGUUUGUUAUUUGAAGAUUUUUAGUCGUCGAAACUGUUGCAGCGGAUUGCAAAGAUUAGACUACGAGCAGUCUCUGUUUUUUCUGUAGUCCGUCGAGCAAAACGCGAGACACGUAAAUGGCUACGCGCGUGACUGAUGGCGCGAGACGGAGAGGCGUCUCGCGGCUUCGCCGCUCCCGCGCGCGUGCAUUGCUCUCACUUAAUCUGAAGAAAAAGAGAAAAAGAGAAAAAUCUGAAAAAAAAGAGAGACUGCUCUCAGUCUAGCAAAGAUGGGCAUGUUUGAAACUUUUUCAAGUUUUAAUGUUAUGCCUGCAAAACUCACCAAAAAGAAAAAUUUGUUUGAUAUCUUCUUCCUAACUCUACAGGAGCAUUUUUUAUAUGGGUAAAGGCACAAAGUAAUGACUUUGACCUAAAACAACAAUAUCCACGUGACAUAUCCCCGUUAAGCCUGCGUGGCAAGCGCCCUAUAAAAUUCGGCGCUUGCUUCGCAAGCUAAGCCCCUUUAAGACUUGAUGUUAUUGACUGUAAAGACUGGCUCAACACGAGGGUUGGGGUGUGUUGGGAUCCGUCUUUUGUUAGCCUGCAGUGCAGGCGUAUUUGGGUGGGUGAAACCUUGUUCGUGUUCGUAAUGUUGUUGUAGCCGCCAUCUUUGAUUUUAUGACAGUGGAAGAUUGGGGAGAGUAGAAAUAGUAACCUCGAGCAAAUUGCGCGCUCAAAGAAAACGCGUGCAGUGUAGGCUUGUCUUUUGUUAGUGUAAUAUCUGUCCAGUUUCGGUUUUGUUCAGUCACUCUGUAUCUGCUGUUUAUAAGUCAUUAAGGAGUUGCUAGUACCUACUAGAUGUGGAUAUAUUUGCUUUCUUUAUAAUCAAUCUCGUAUUGACGUUGUAUAAUUGACAGCCGAAAUAGCAGCAGAGGACAAUGGCUACAGAACUCAACACCUGAGCUUAAACGACUCGCAGUCACAUCUUGCCACCAAUGACGUGGUCAGCAACCCUGGACGAGUGGUGUCGAAAAGACAAGGAAACACAUACCGAGUCAAUUUGCCUGAGAGGUAAGUCUGCAUCUCACAUUACGUCAUACUUCAGUUCCUUUUCGUUCGCACUUGUUUCGCUGUUGUGAGCAUGAUCAAUUUUGUUUUCCAGAGUCAGUGCGUUUCAGCGGUUUUGUAAAUGGAAGACGAAAACUUCCUUCAAGAUUCGUGCCAUGG